AUGACGAAAAGUGCACUACACAUUUCAGUUUUCAAUUUCUUUCUCUUUCCUCAGAUAUGGCAAGCUGCCUUAAACACGCUGAAUCCCAACCCUACCGACAGCUGUCCUCUCUACCUGAAUUAUGCCACGGUGGCUGCUCUGCCUUCCAGGGUUAGCAGACACAAUAGCCCCUCUGCAGCUCAGUUCAUCACCCGCCUGGUUCGCAACUGUCUUCCAGGAGGCGUCAACAGAUGUAUUGUUAUGGUCUGUGAGCGAUCUGAGGUCUUUGCCUCAGCUUGUGCACUAGCCAGGGCUUUCCCACUCUUUACCCAUCGAUCCAGCAUCUCUAGACGCACUGAGAAGAAAACAGUAACUGUGGAGUUUUUCCUGGUUGGGCAGAACAAUGGGCCAAUAGAAGUGGCAACACUUAAAUGUUUGGCGAGUGCUACGGAAGGAGUGAGGCUGGCUGCUCGGAUCGUAGACACCCCUUGCAAUGAGAUGAACACGGAUAACUUCUUGGAGGAAAUCAAAAAAGUUGGCAAGGAUCUUGGGAUUGUUCCUACCAUUAUCCGUGAUGAAGAGUUGAAAGAGAGAGGAUUUGGAGGCAUCUACGGAGUUGGCAAAGCAGCUGUGCAUCCCCCUGCAUUAGCAGUUCUCAGCCACACCCCAGAAGGUGCUACACAGACCAUUGCAUGGGUUGGCAAAGGUAUUGUGUAUGACACUGGAGGCCUGAGCAUUAAGGGGAAGACUACUAUGCCUGGCAUGAAACGAGACUGUGGUGGAGCAGCUGCUAUUUUGGGUGCCUUCAAAGCCACUGUAAAGCAAGGCUUUAAAGACAGUCUUCAUGCUGUUUUCUGCUUGGCUGAGAAUUCUGUUGGACCAAAUGCAACAAGACCUGAUGACAUCCAUGUCCUUUACUCGGGAAAAACUGUGGAAAUCAACAACACUGAUGCAGAGGGCAGACUGGUGUUGGCUGAUGGAGUAGCCUAUGCAUGCAAGGACCUUGGAGCUGAUAUCAUCCUAGAUAUGGCCACUCUCACUGGAGCUCAGGGAAUUGCUACAGGGAAAUACCAUGCUGCCAUCCUUACCAACAGUGAAGAAUGGGAAAGGGCAUGUGUUAAAGCUGGCAGGAACUGUGGAGACCUGGUCCAUCCUCUUGUGUACUGCCCUGAGCUCCAUUUUAGUGAAUUUACCUCUGCUGUAGCCGACAUGAAGAACUCUGUGGCGGACAGGGAUAAUACUCCAAGCUCCUGUGCUGGACUUUUUAUUGCUUCUCACAUUGGCUUUGAUUGGCCUGGAAUAUGGGUCCAUAUAGACAUUGCUGCACCUGUUCAUGCGGGGGAACGCGCUACCGGCUAUGGAGUGGCCUUGCUGCUGUCUCUGUUUGGUGGGGCAUCUGAAGACCCUCUGCUGAACAUGGUGUCUCCCUUGGGAUGCAAUGGAGACUCUCCAAACGAAGACAUGGAGAGAGAUUCUAAAAGGCGACGCCUGGUGUAAUGCUCCCUAAGGCCUCAGUGACGGGGUGCACAUGUUACCUCACUUUGCACUGAUUCAUUCUGAAGCAAUGAAAAUAUUACACAUCAGAAAUUGCCAUUUUUUUACUGUCUUGAUGAGAUUUAUUACUCAUUUCUGAGAAAGCAGCCUAUUCCUUUUGUUUUUUAAAUUAUUGGUGCACACAGUAACUGAACAGUACUGACCCAGCCAGCUCCAGGCUCCACUAGCUUUAUCCAGGAAUAGAGGAGUAUCCUCCUCAGCACCUCACAAAACUUUACUGAGUGCAUUAAUGCAUGAGAACCUCCUCAGAGUGUGAAGAAGCAGCUGAAGCUCUUACUUACAAAACCUUCUGAUUUAUUUACCUGAGGUUUUGUGUGUCAGAUGUUCUUGCAGGCUCCACUGCUUCUCAGAACACAAGAUGAGGAAGAAGAAACCACUGUAGGUUUGACCUAGUCAGCUGCAACAGCUUAGCAGCAGAAAGUUUAAUGACUGAAUACCUUCUAUUUCAGUAAGGUGCCCUUCCUGCAUGUUUAAAUGUUAAAAAUCUACAAAAAAAGCAGGCCAGAACAUCUCUUCAUAUAGGUCUCUCGCUUUCAGAUAACAGAACAUGUUAAUGUUAAACAAAAAAUACUUGGAUUUUAUUGAAUGAAAUAGGUUUACAGAGUAAUGUGGCUGACUGCCACUUAAUAAAUUAAUUAUUAAAGCA